CAUAAGUUACCUAUGUGCAACGAUGAUGGUUGCUGCUUCCUAAUGCUUUUUACCGACCGGUCAAAACAAUAUAAGAAGAAUGAGCGUAACUACGGACAGACGCUAAACCCAAUCAACAACUUGUUUCUAACAUAGUAGGCUGUUAAAAACCACGGCUUCUGUAUAUUGAGCUGCCGAAGUCAUCUCCGUUUAUCUACAAUGGCAACAACAGUAAUUCCACGAACCAAUUUGGGCAGCCAAGGUUUGCAGGUUUCUAAGUUGGGAUAUGGAUGCAUGGGGCUUACUGGAGUAUAUAAUAAACCUCUCUCCGAAGAAGAUGGGAUUUUUAUGAUUAAGUAUGCUUUCGAGAAAGGCAUUACCUUCUUUGACACAUCAGAUGUAUAUGGCGCCACUACCAAUGAAAUCAUUGUUGGGAAGGCCUUAAAGCAGCUUCCUCGUGACAAAAUUCAACUUGCAACAAAGUUUGGUAUUGUGUUUAGUGCUGAUGGUAAGAUAGAUGUCAAGGGUUCCCCAGAGUAUGUCGGGAAAUGUUGUGAAGAAAGCCUUAAACGUCUUGAUGUGGAGUACAUAGAUCUAUAUUAUCCGUCUAAGAUAGAUACGUCAAUUCCUAUUGAAGAAACAGCCUUAAAGCAGCUUCCUCGUGAGAAAAUUCAACUUGCAACAAAGUUUGGUAUUGUAUUUAGUGCUGAUGGUAAGAUGGAUGCCAAGGGUUCCCCAGAGUAUGUCCGGAAAUGUUGUGAAGAAAGCCUUAAGCGUCUUGAUGUGGAAUACAUAGAUCUAUAUUAUCAGCAUAGGAUAGAUACAUCAAUUCCUAUUGAAGAAACAAUAGGGGAGCUCAAAAAACUAGUGGAAGAGGGAAAAAUAAAAUAUAUUGGACUGUCAGAAGCCAGUGUUGACACCAUUAGAAGAGCACAUGCAGUGCAUCCUAUUACUGCCAUUCAGCUUGAAUGGUCCCUUUGGACUCGUGACAUUGAGGUGGACAUAAUCCCAGUAUGCAGGGAGUUAGGCAUUGGUAUAGUACCAUACAGUCCUCUUGGUCGUGGAUUCUUCUCUGGAAAGGCAGUUGUGGAGAGCUUACCAGAAAAUAGUUCAUUGGUUAAUCAUCCACGUUUUAGAGGGGAAAAUCUGGAGAAGAACAAAGUUUUCUACACCCGCAUUGCAGAUUUAGCCAAAAAGUAUGGGUGUACACCUGGUCAGCUUGCUCUUGCAUGGGUUCUGCAUCAAGGUGAUGAUGUUGUUCCCAUUCCUGGAACUACUAAAACCAAGAACCUGGACGAAAAUAUUGGCUCCUUGAACAUAAAACUCUCGCAAAGGGACUUGCAAGAAAUUGCUGAUUCAUUGCCAGCUGAUGAAGUUGUAGGUAUCCGAACCUAUGAGUCCAUGAAUCAUAAGACAUGGAGAUUUGCAGAUACCCCGCAGAAAUCUUAGAAUAGAUAAUUGCCGUGGCAGAAUAAUCAUGGUGCUUAUAAUUGAUAAAACUUUCUAUAGUUGAAUUUAUAAGGAGAGUUAUGCUAGUCUUAGAAUGGGUGGACAAACUUUAUUGCUUGUUGCUUGUCAUUCUAUACCAUAUCAAUAAAAUUUAUAUUAUCGCUAA